AUGUCAACAGAUAUUGACGAAAUAGGCAUUGUUGGGCAUCGGACACCAUUGAAAUGUCUCAGAAUAUCGGCUGAAAUCAGACGUACAUCAGCUUACAAUCAAGGUUUUGUAGAUCAUGAAAGAUACGAGCAUGAGAGUCCAUUUAGGUCAUUAGGUCAACAUCCAAAUGGAAGAUCAAUGGAUUUGGAGGCAUGGUCUGCUAUGCCAACAGAGGAGAAUGGGCAUCUUCAAAGAAUGGCCUCUUUUCCAGCUGCUUCAAUGGGUUGGCCUGGGGUCCCUGGAAUUCCAACAACGCCUGUUGUAAAGAGAGUAAUUAGACUUGACGUUCCUGUUGACAAAUAUCCAAGUUACAAUUUUGUCGGCCGAAUCUUGGGACCAAGAGGGAACUCCUUAAAAAGAGUUGAAGCCUUGACAGAUUGUAGGGUGUAUAUAAGAGGCAAGGGCUCUGUGAAGGAUUCUCUCAAGGAGGAAAAACUAAAAGACAAACCUGGAUAUGAGCACCUUAAUGAACCGCUGCACGUGUUGGUGGAGGCGGAAUUUCCAGAGGAUAUAAUAAAUGCCCGCUUGGAUCAUGCAAUAACCAUAUUAGAAAGCCUCUUGAAGCCUGUGGAUGAAUCCUUGGAUCACUAUAAGAAACAUCAAUUGAGGGAACUGGCUUUGCUAAACGGUACACUAAGGGAGGAAAGUCCGAGCAUGAGCCCAAGCAUGAGCCCUAGCAUGUCACCCUUCAACACUGCUGGAAUGAAACGAGCCAAGACAGGAAGAGACUUAAAUUGUUCUCUUACUGAGUCCGCGGCGGCAAUAUACGAAAACAUCACACUAGUAAGAGCCUAG